UACUCCAGCUCUCCCUCCCAGGCUCUUGCAGGAGCAGCUGUGAAGCACAUGGGUGGACCCACUCCCAUCCAGACGGCGCGUGGGGCAGCGGUAGGUGAGCUGCUGGAAACGGGAGUCUAGGAUCGGGGCCUCACCUGCAGCCCUUUUUGUUUUUUGUUUUUACCAAAAAUGCUGGAGCCUGGAUCAGCUGAAGGUAAGGGGAGAGGGAUGAAACCUCUGUGCACGGUGACAGGGCUUCACUUGGGCUGGGCUCAGUGUGCUUCAGGCCUGGGGAAAUGGGUAUCGGAGGCAAGGUUGGGGGCACCCUGUCUUCCUGGCGUGAGCCCGUGGGUGGGCGCCCUGCCUGCUUGUUCUCUCCUGACUGAUUCAGGGACGUGUUGUGCAAGAGGAGCCACGGGGCAGGCGGUGUCUGAGACACGCAGGGCGAUGGUUCGCAUCACAGAACCCCCGUGUGGAAGGGAAAGAGGAAAGGAAGCAACGCUGGAAAGGGCGUGUUUGCUUCAACAGCUUUUCGCAGGAGGGCGGCAUCGGGGCAUCCCGGGGGCUGCAGAUGCUUCUGAAGGAUUCUGAGUUGCUGAUUUAACUGGGUGUUGGUGGAGAAACAUCUUGAGCCUUUGCAGUCAGAUUUGAGCUCGCCUGCCUUAAAUCUUUGGCUCAGGUUUCUGCAAGGGGGGGCAAUAGAAAAGAGAGGGCUCCUGAAACCUGAGUGUGGCCAGGCUCCUCUGCGCGCCAGCCACAGGCCCUCGCAGCCAGGCAGGGCUCAUGCCAGCCCCAGGGAGGGUUUUAUGCCCCUCUGCAAGCAAAAGCUGACUUUUUGUGGCCCUUACAAGUGCCUUACUGCUGCCAAGGUCUGCUCGAAGUGAGGUCAUACAGAAACACUCAACCGACCUCCUGGAUGUGCCUCUCCACAUGGCACCUGCCAGCUGCUGCUCUGCCUCCUGCAUAGCAUCUGAGAAAGGGAAAGAAACCGGGAGAAAACAACCCAAAAUGCAAAUUAUUGCACUGCUGAGCAGGCUGGAUGUGGAAAACAAUCUGUGAUUCAGAGCACAGAAACAGUCACAAAGUUGGAAUUUCAAACAAGUCUGAGCCCAGCUCUGUGGGCGCACAGCUUGUGGCUGUGUUGGGCAGCACCUGCCUGCAAAGGGGCUCCCAUAACCGAGGGGAAGGUGGGCGGGGGGGGCACAGGGAGGAUGCCCCCACCACAAGCACUGGAGCCUUGUUCUAGAGGUGCAGGAGCUCCUCUAGAGUGACAAACUGUGGCACUACAGGCGGGACACCAGGGAAAAUGGCUUUUCUGGGAAGGGUGGAGCAGACCUGUGAGACUGUCAUGAGUGUGCUUGUGCUCAGCACCUGUGGCUGGGCCACGGGGGAGCUCCAGGAGGGGAGGUGGACCUCCCACUUUGCCUGACACCCAUGUUUUGUCCCCUGGGGUGGGGGCACAUCAGGCAGGUGGUGGCAAAGCCAUCCCUGCAGUGACGGAGCUGGGCACUGAAACCCUGGAGUGGGGCACAGGAACCCAGCACAGCUCCUGCCUGACCCCCAUCCCACAGCUCCCAGUGCCUCUGUGGGACAGGUCCCCCCAAAUGCUGAAAGGAGCCUCAGGCCAAGCAUUUCCAUGGGUACACACAUUAAUUUAUUAACCAGACAUGUAUCAGGGUAUUUCCUGCUCUCACAGAGGGUGUUGCCUUGUUAUUCUUCCUGAGUUUCUGGACAGCAGCUGCUUCCUCCUGGCACAGCUUUGGAGCCAGCAGAUACCGCCCCAGUCUUUUAGCACUUACUAAUGAAUGUUCUGAGCCGCAUCGCCUUGCUGAGUGCAAUCUCCGGGGGCAGAGGGGCUGGAAAUAAAUCCUGGGGAAAUCCCAAACGUUUGGGAUUUGGGAUAGGAGCUUUAGAGGUCUCUCCUUCCCGGCCAUCUGGUAAGGAGUGCCAGAACCCCAGACUUUCCUAUGCCAGAUGCUCCCAAGGGCUCUGUUUCCCCCAGCUUCAAGUUUUUUACAGCUGCAUGCAUCCAGUGAAACCACUUUAUUGCCCUUUUCCCAGAGCGGGUGAUGGCAGAGCUGCAGGCAGCACCCACCCAGGUAAUCCCCAGGCGUGCCGGUGGCCCUGCCGUCGCUCUGGCAGGCUGGAGGGCAGUGGAGUGAUUCUUUACGUGGGCUGUUUGCUUGUUCAGUGUCCCUAAUCAUACCUGGACAUGUGUGUUUGGAGUUUCUUUUGUGUCAGCGCUUUCCCACCAGCCUGCAGAAGGUGGUUUGCAGGUCACCAGGGCAAACGCUCCAUUUCCCCCCUGUCGGGGUGUUACUGCCCACGUGCUCGGAUGGCUGAGUUUCUGGAUGAGAGAAGCAGGUGCUGCGGAAAGUCCAGGACUUUUGGGGUGAUGCCUGGCUGACCGCAGGGAGGAGAGAGGUGGGGGGCCCUCAGCCCAGCUGGCCCCCUCUCCCCAGGAUGGUCGCGGUGGGUUCGGGUGUCCUUGCACAGCAGCGGCUAAUGCUGCCGCACUGGCUGCCAGUGCCCCGAGCUGGGGGGCAGCCUGACCCUAGCCCCCGGGGCUGGGGCUUGCAGAGGUGCGAGGGGGCAGCCGGCAGCAGCGAGGAUGCUCUCAGGUUACACAGCCUUGUACAGAAAUGAGUGGGGCCCGAUGAGGUGUCCGCUGUCGGUGGCCAAGGCGUAUUAAAGGGGAGCGCCGGGGUGGGCCGCUCAGCCCUGGCAGUGUCCCCACAGCAUGGCGGGGCUGGGGGGCGAAGGGGACCUGCGGCACCUGCUGAAGCUGCACCGCACCGAGAUCGCCAUGGCGGUGGACGAUGUCUUCCCGCUGCUGCAUGGUCUGGCUGACCACGAUGUUGUCCCUGAGCACAUCUUCAAGGAGACGCUGAGCCGGACGGAGCGGGAAGGCUCCCACCGCGCUUUCCACGCGCUUCUCACCUGGCUGCUGGGCCGCGAUGCUGCUGCUGUCCGUGACUUCUGGGCUGUCCUCUUCAAGGACUACAACCUGGAGCGCUACAGCCGGCUCCGGCCCCUCCGCGGCGCCUUCCCCAGAGAGGUGGAGCUGGGGCGGCAGCGCCGUGGCAGGCGUCUAUCCCCCAGCCCCAUGGCGCCGGCCCCACACAGACCCCAAUGCAAGAGGAAAGCCCUCGAGGAGCAGGAUGGGGCCCGGCCAACGCAGCCCUCCCCACGGCACACUGCCAGCCCCGGGCCCCUGGUGAAGGUGAGGACCGUGAGGAAGCCGGAGGGCACGGAUGCCCCCCGCACCGCUCGUGCUGGUGCCCUGCAGGCAGUGGCUGCCUCGGUGCAGAGAGCGGUGGCUGUGGCGGGCACUGAGGUACCCGUCACUCGUGGGGCCGUCGAGGGCAUCCUCAUCAAACAUGUGCUGGAGCCAGGCAGCUCCAAGGCGGGCAGCAAAGCCAGGGACGAGCCAUGCACCCCCGCUGCUGGCGAGGAGCCGGGGGCCAGGAGCAGGAGCCGCAGCCUGAAGCCCCCUGCCCGGCCCAAGGCACCCCAAAGCAGCAGGGAGCCCCAGCUGCACCCCCAGGGCCGGCUGCCAGUGCCCACCGCGCCCCUCCCCAACCCUGUGCCCCACCAGCCAGGGUUGCAGCCUGCUGGGGGGAUCGGUGAUCCCCCAGGACAGGAGAACGAGGAUGAGUGUGCGGCCUGUGGCGAUGGCGGUGAGCUCAUCUGCUGCGACGGCUGCCCCAGGGCCUUCCACCUCACCUGCCUGGUGCCCCCGCUGCCCCGUGUCCCCAGCGGGACAUGGCGGUGCGGCUUCUGCAUGGCGAGUGCAGCUGAGCCAGGACCGCUGCGGGGAGCAGACGCGGCUGUAGAGCGACCCCCUGAGACCCCGGGGGAGGAGACGUGCAGCACCCGGCAGGGUGCAAGGGAUGAGACCGUCUGUGGCCGCUGCUUCACCUGGAUCCCUGCACCCCAAAACUACUCUGUGCCCAGCGGAGACCCCCGGGGGCCGCUGCUCUGCAUAUCCUGCGCAGGCACCACAGCCACAGGCAGCACAGAGAGCACCACUGGUGACCCACUACAGGCAGCAAAGGCAGAGGAUGGUUCCCUUGGCAGCGACCCAGUGCUGAGCCGCGAUGAGCUCGACACACUCCUGGGUGAGGGCACCUGGGAUGGGAUCCUGCAGUGGGCGUUCCAGAGCAUGGCACGGCCCCUCGCAGACACCCAUGGGCUCUUCACCUAGAGUCUGCUGCCAGCAGAGCCCUCAAUGUGCAGGCAGCGUAGUAACAGGCGCAGGGGCCGCUGUAUCGAGGGACUCAUCAGCAUUACAGCACCACGACAGUACGCGACAUCAUCAAACACUGCAAUGUCACAGCAUGCAGGCAAACAACGGAGUCCUGCAAAAAGCAUGUCACAGCUGAAGAAUAUAGACACAGCGUUCACACAGCAUACAUACAUACAUAAGAUUAGAAAAAGGAAAAAUAUAAAGGAUCUACAAGAAGGAAAAAAAAAUAAAACCCAGUAAACACAAAUAGAAAUAAAAACCCUACAGUACACAGCACACGGAGGAUGAGCAACACCAGCAGAAAACUGAAGCACUUCAACAGGACAACAUAAAAACACACCACACACAGAAAAACUACACCAACAAACUAAAGAAAAUACCACAGAGCUCCAAACUUUAAUUAAAAACAAAUAUUCCCAACAGAGCACCAGUGGUGAAAACAGA